GAUACUUGUUCUCCCCACUGUAGUUGGCUUAUAUGUUUGACUUGGUGGAGUGGAGCAGAGAGGGGGAUGGGAGGCUGAUCAUUGAUUGGCUGUAGUGUAGAGUGUGUCAUACAAUGUAUCAAAAUUCCAACUGCUAGCUCAAAUUCUCACUCAAAUGUACCACUAAUAUGAAAAUCUUCCACAGACUGUCUUGCAGACUACUAUGCACUGACAAAACAUUUAGUGUUACAAAUCAAAGCUUAACAUUAAAAUAUGUGAUUUCAAAUGACUAAAUUAAGUUCAGACAGGCCUGUAAUGUGCUCUCUAACAUAAACAUAAACUGUGUUGUUGCUGUAGACCUUUUCACAGAUAUAGGAGCAGUUGAUCUCCACAGAAUGUUAGCAGCCACUAAUAUCUGACUUCUGUAUAGUCUAUAGCGGUUUCUUCAUUAAAACUUCUAUUUGGCUUUAAUGUAUGACUUGGUGGAGUGGAGCAGAGUGGGGGAAGGGAGCAGAGAAGGGGAUGGGAGGCUGAUCAUUGAUUGGCUGUAGUGUAGGGUGUGUCAUACAAUGUAUCAAAUUUCCAACUGCUAGCUCAAAUUCUCACUCAAAUGUACCACUAGUAUGAAAAUGUUCCACAGACUGUCUUGCAGACUACUAUGCACUGACAAAACAUUUAGUGUUACAAAUCAAAGCUUAACAUUAAAAUAUGUGAUUUCAAAUGACUAAAUUAAGUUCAGACAGGCCUGUUAUGUGCUCUCUAACACAAACAUAAACUGUGUUGUUGUCAACCAUUUCACAGAUCUAGGAUCAGGUGACCUCCACAGAAUGUUAACAUUAGCCACAAAUAUCUGACUUCUGCAGAGUGCACAAAAGUACCAAACUACCAAAAGUUUCACAGGUCAACACAUCUCUGCCCAGGGUUGCCAUGUAUGCUUUUUUUUGUUGUUUAUUGAGGUACUUUGGAAACUUUGCCGCAGGUGAAAAGUUUUGGUCGCUGGGUGCAAGUUUUUAUACUACUUCUAUAUUGCAACUACCAACAUGGCAUUUAAAAAAAUCUAUUAAUUUCCCUGUAAUCUGCUGAAAUUGUGCUAGUUUUCAGGCUUUGAAGGCUGGUUUUGCGUUGACUUCCUUGAAAUUCGUAAUUGAUCUGGCAAGCCUGUCUCUGCAUGAGCAUGAUCACCUCUAAAGUAGCUGUGCAGCACAUUUUUAAGGAAGAGGAGGAUGGUUGCAGAUGUUUGAAUUCAUGCAAGAAGGUAAGCUAUUAACUAAACUGCUAACCAAUAGUUUAGCUAAAAUUGAAUUUGUAUUUGGUGUAUUGGCAAGCAAUGCAUGUUCCCGUUGUCUUUAUUAUUAAUUAGUUAAUGUUAGCUCACAUAUGUCUUUCGGUGGAAUCCAACAUGCAUUGACAAUGUUGUGUCAGAUAUACUGCGUCAUGACAGAUUGAAAUUGGUAGGCUUAUCCAAACAAUUCAUACAUAUGCAAUUGUUACUUUGCAUGUUUCUACCUUAUACUUAUUUACUGCUUGCUAAGGGUUAGCGUGCUAGCUAACGGUUAGCGUGCUAGCGAUGCUAACGAUGCUAGCUUCUUUUUUUUUGUAUGAUGCUAGCUAUGGUGGCAAGCUAGCUAAUAAGUUUAGCAUAAUUGGUAAACAUGUCUUUGAUUCAGAAUACAUCAAUACAUUGUGGUUAACCCAAUGUUACAUGCAUUGGAAAAUAAAAUUGCUAGUGUAACUUGAAUUGGUUUACAAGCUAGCUAGAAAAGCCAGUUCCUUUUCAUCUGUUUUGUCAAGCUAUAAGCCUGCAUGUGUGCUAAAAUAUUUAAUUAAAUCCCCUCAUUAAAUUAAUAUAUUUAAGUUGCACCUGUUUUUUAUAGCCCUUACCCAAGGACCAUUUUUUCCGUUGGAAUAAUUUGGAUGAAAAUAAGAAAUAUGUGAAAGAAAAUAAGAAAUAAGUGACCAGAUUUUGUUAUUGAAAAGCAUGGACAUUCACAUAUUCACAUAUCUCCUUUAUUCCAUACACUCAUUUUUAAAGAUCGAAAACAAAAUGGAAGAUAAGAGUCCAGGAACAUACAAAGCAACCAAUGCGGUAUGUUUUAAGGCUUAGCCUAGUUUUUUCUGCUUCGCCUAGUAUUUAGAGUAUGCUUGCCUUGCUUUAGCCAAACCACUCAAACUGAUUCUCUUUUAGUCUAUCCAUAAAAGCAGAUUCAGUUUCAGUUGUAUCCAGGAACUUGCAUAAUCUGCUUAUGUUAUGCUUAUGCUUGCUUUUUUACCUUGAAAGUAGUCUUAAAAAAGGAAAUUGUAACAGAUGUUUGUUGGACCUCUAUUAGUCAAUGAUAUCAGUCAGUGGUGUCCCCCAGCCCAUCCCCGAUGUUGUGUGCAGAGCAAUCAUGUCAUUCUAUUAAGUCUCAACUAUUCUUUUUGUAACUUGUCUUCCUUUACAAAGGCACUGCAGAGGCUAAGAAGACGCAUGGAAACUCUGAAGAAUCAUCAUUCAACUUGUGAGGCCAGAUUUGAAAAGGAAAUUAUAAAUCCAGAAGCUCAGGUUUGUCAAUUGUUUAGAGUGAGGAUACUGGGGAUGGUUGAAUCGUUAUAAUAUCCUAUUGCCUAAUUUGCACAUGACUAAUAUCAUUUUAUUGUAUCCUUAGAUGUCAGACACUGAGGUUGCCAGUACCUCUGAGGCUGCCAGUACCGCUGGGUCGAAAGUCCAUGUGUUGGAUGAUGCACCGCCAUUGAUCAGAACAGACAGCAUAUUCUUGACCAAAGCUAUGCUUGGAUACAAGACUGAUGACUCAAUAACCAGCAUUGACAACAGUGAAGAUGAUUAUGUCCCAAGGUCAUCAGAGGAAGACGAUUCCGAUGAAUUUUCAGAACCAAAGACAAGGGUGGACAGCAGUAAACACGAUGAUCUAGUCUCAGAGGGAGACAGUUCAGAUAAAUUAGCGGGUGUCAAGAGAAAGAAGCAAUACAAGAAGACUAUCAAGAGAUGCAGAAGUUCCUCAGAAGAAAACAGCUCAAAUGGAGAAUCAGAACUCAAGAGAAUGAAGCGAUACGAAAAUACUUAUAAGAGAUGUACUAGUUCCCCAAAGUCGAACACUAGCAGUGAAUCAUUGCUUGUAAUGAAUGUCUCAGAAGUAGAUGGAUCCAAAAAGUACCACCAAAAAAAGCACUUCUGUCUGUUUUGUGAGCAACCGCAAUCCAAAAUCGCCCGUCAUUUAGAACAUAAACAUGGGGAUGAAAUGGAAGUAGCUACUGCACUUCAGUUUGCAAAGAAGUCAAAAGCUAGGAGACUUCAGCUGAAUCUCCUUCGCAAGAAGGGGAAUCGGGCACACAACAUUCAGGCACUUAAAGAAGGAAAGGGGGUUUUGGUACCAUGUAAGCAAACAAGUGAUGACAAGAGCAAUCACCAGGACUAUCAGCAUUGUUUUGCCUGCCAUGGGCUCUUUAAACGCAAAUCUAUGUGGAGGCAUGUGGCAAGGUGCACACUAGCACAAAAUGUUCGUAAGGAGAUGCCUGGCAAAACCAGAAUCCAGGCACUCUGUGCUAGUGCUCAACCGGUUGCUAAAGGAGUCAGCGAGAAGGUCUGGAAACUUGUGAGUAACAUGGCUCAAGAUGAUGUAGCCCAUGCAGUAAAAGAAGACAGAUACAUCUUGGCAUUGGGUGAAAAAAUGUACAACAAGAAAGGGGAGAACCCCUCACAACACCAGCACAUUCGUCAAACUUUGCGAGAACUAGGGAGACUCGUGAUUAAAGGUAGAAAGGUGACACCACUGAAAAAGAUGAAGGAUUAUAUCAACCCACAACACUUCCACCACAUCAUAAAAGCUGUCAAAGAAGUGACUGGCUUUGAUGAAAAGACAAACAAAUUUGAAAAAGCAACCUUGGCCACAAAGCUUGGGCAAAGCAUCCAGAAAAUUGCAGACGUCAUGGAGGGUGAAGCUCUUAUUACCCAGAAUGAAGAAAAGUUGAAGCUAGUCCGAGACUUCCAAGGCAUCUACCGUCUUCGCUGGAAUGAAAUGAUCUCUUCUGCUGCAUAUCGUACACUUGAACAGAGGAAAUGGAACGCACCGCAGCUUAUUCCAUUAGCAGAUGAUGUAAAAAAAUGCACAUGUACUUAG